UUUGUUCCUAUUCAAAAGAGAAUUUACGCAAUCGGUGCCGCCGUCGAUUCACAACUCAGCGAGAACAGAGAUGGAGCUUCCCAUCUCAGGUCAGCUGUUGAGCUCUUCUUCUUCAUCGUCUUUUUCAUCUAAGUUCCCGGAAACUAGGGUUGGUAUUUCAAAGGCCGCUCUCCUCCCAUUUCUCUCCCGCAAACAACCACUCUUCUCUCCGUAUCUCGGUCACGGCCUUAGUCCAAUUGGUCGUCAUCUAACGACAAUCCCUCGUGCCUCCAUCGGCGAAACCAACGGCUCUCCGGUAACAUCCUCUCCAACUAACACCGGUGGUCGAAUCGGAGAGGUGAAGCGGGUCACGAAAGAGACCAAUGUAUCGGUGAGGAUAAACUUGGAUGGUUCGGGUGUAGCUGACUCCUCUACUGGGAUCCCGUUUCUUGACCAUAUGUUGGAUCAACUUGCGUCACAUGGAUUAUUUGAUGUGCAUGUGAAGGCUACUGGUGACACUCAUAUUGAUGAUCAUCAUACAAAUGAAGAUGUUGCCCUUGCAAUUGGAACGGCUCUGCUGCAGGCACUUGGUGACAGAAAAGGAAUUAACCGAUUUGGUGACUUCUCAGCUCCACUAGAUGAAGCACUAAUUCAUGUUUCAUUGGAUUUAUCUGGAAGGCCACAUCUAGGUUAUGAUUUACGCAUACCUACUGAGAGAGUUGGAAUUUAUGACACACAGCUGGUGGAGCACUUCUUCCAAUCUUUGGUUAAUACAUCUGGUAUGACACUUCAUAUUAGUCAGCUUGCCGGAAAAAAUUCUCACCAUAUAAUUGAGGCAACCUUUAAAGCUUUCGCUAGAGCAUUACGUCAAGCAACAGAAUAUGACUUGCGCCGUCGUGGGACUAUUCCAAGCUCAAAAGGGGUUCUCUCACGUUCUUGAUACAUUUAAAGGUCAUCAAGCCGGAGGUGAAUCAGCUGCAGUUCAUCCAGGCACAGUUAUUGUAAUAAAGCCAAAUUUGUUCAGAUGUUUGGGGCAGUGAAACCUGGACAUAGCCAGAUGCUUGUGUAUUUGAUCAUUUUACUCUGAAGCAAUUAAAGCAAUGUUAUUUAUAUCCUUAACAAUAUAGCAUACUUCAAAUUGUUGCAGAUAUAUAGUGCUCCUCAUUUGCUAGCCUCAGGCCUGCGCCUGCCAUUCUUGAAAUUCCUUAUCUAGAAACCAAUGGCCAACUACGGCUUCAUGAGGUUUUGUUACAUUUGUUGAAACUUGAGGCUUGAGCCAGCAUCACUCCGCACUUCCAUUGGGUUACAUGUUCUCUCUUAGAACAACAUUAAUAAUUGAGCUGAAUAUCAAUGGAAGCUAGCUGAUUUCUUUUA